GUCUCUGUCUCUGUCACGUUGCUCUGCUCUUUCAGGAUGUCGCGUUAAAACUUUUCAUUUUCCGCGUCUCUUGUGCGUAAAGUUCCGCGUCUCCGUCCCCGGGCUCCGGUCCCCGCUGUGGCCGCGCACAUGCUCCCUCAGGCGGGCAGAGAGUUCCUGGUGCGGAUCCGGUUCUUCUGGAGGCCGUUGUUCCAGGGCCGGUACCUGCUCCUCACCAACACCGUGAGCAGCGGAGGGAUGCUCGGCCUGGGGGACGUCCUGCAGCAGGCCUGGGAGAAGCACAAGGACCCGGGACACCAGAGGGACUGGAGGAGGACAGGUCGCAUGGUGGCGGUGGGCUGCUCCCUCGGACCCCUCCUCCAUGUGUGGUACUCCUGGUUGGACCGGGUGCUCGUGGGUCGGGCUCUGACGACUGUGGGGAAGAAGGUCCUGGUGGAUCAGCUGGUGGCCUCCCCCGUCAUGGGCCUGUGGUACUUCACAGGUAUGGGUCUGACAGAGGGACGCUCGUUUUCAGACGGAUGCAACGAGUUCAGAGAGAAGUUCUGGGAGUUUUAUAAGGCGGACUGGUGCGUGUGGCCGGCGGCUCAGAUGAUAAACUUCUACUUCCUGCCUCCGAAGUUCCGUGUGGUUUACAUCAACACGGUGACCCUGGGCUGGGACACGUACCUCUCGUACCUCAAACACAGGGAUCAGAGACGCCCUCCAGAGCUGAUCUCAGACGCUCCAGGAGACUCCGAGCCCACAGACCUGAGCCGGAAAACCUGAGAAGACCAAAGUAUCUCCGCCCGAUCGCCGCCCGACCGCCGCCCGACCGCCGCCCGACCGCCGCCCGACCUCC